CGCGCCCAACGCAAAAUUGGGUACCAAUCAAGAGUUUCCAGAUCCUUCCGUCCCGUUCCUCCUCGUUCGGAUUCAGCGUUUCCAAUUCUCAAAUAUUUUUAUUCAAGAUCGUCUCUGUGAAUCCACUCUUUCUGUCAUUUCUACAUUCGACACUGCUCAAGUUCUUCUUGGAUUUUGGAUUUGGAUACAACUUUUUUCCAAUUUUUGACUCCAUGGACGCGACCUCUUCCUCUGGCGCUCUUUCUAAUGUGAAGCUUCUCAGUUCCAAUAAACUCAAUUCGGAUCACAGGGUUCCCACCCUGAAACUAGGCAUAUGAAUUUAAUUCUGCAAAUUUGGAACCAGUCCCCUUAGCUCGAUCACUGUGAACUUGUGUGAAUGAUAAUAACAGGGUUGACCAGAAGGAACGUUCUUUGAAUUCAAGAUGCCACGGCUGUUCUCCUUGCCGAAACCUCUCGUGUCUUUAUCUUGCAAAUCCUAUAGAAAUUUGCAAGUUCGUGAUAAGUCUACAUCUCAAGGAUUAGUGGUUUCUUGUUCUAGCUCCAUUAGUCACAGAGAUGUGAUGCAGGGGUUACACCUUUCUGGCCCCAUUGAGAAGAGAAGUCGUCUUGGACAAGCAUUUUGCUCGGUAGGAAGUUUCACCUGUGGUGAAUAUGCUUUAGAAUCUCGCUCUCAGGCAGCGGAAGAGAAGGUUGGAGUUCUGCUUCUGAAUCUAGGAGGGCCAGACACGCUUGAUGAUGUUCAGCCAUUUCUGUACAAUCUAUUUGCAGAUCCGGAUAUUAUCCGGCUCCCAAGGUUGUUCCGUUUCCUCCAAGAGCCAUUGGCCAAAUUAAUAUCUACCUUUCGUGCUCCCAAAAGCAAAGAAGGGUAUGCUUCAAUUGGAGGUGGCUCACCUUUGCGUAAAAUAACAGAUGAGCAGGCACAGGCGCUUAAAAUGGCUUUGGAAGAGAAAAACACAUCUGCUAAUGUCUAUGUGGGAAUGCGCUAUUGGUACCCUUUCACAGAGGAAGCAAUUCAGCAAAUUAAGAGGGAUGGCAUAACAAGACUUGUGGUGCUGCCAUUAUAUCCACAGUACUCUAUUUCCACAACUGGGUCUAGUAUUCGUGUUCUCCAGAAGAUUUUCAGGGAAGAUGCAUAUCUCUCAAAAUUGCCUGUUUCAGUUAUAAAGUCCUGGUAUCAACGUGAAGGGUAUAUUAAGUCCAUGGCUGACUUGGUUCAGGCAGAGCUGAAGAAUUUUAUCAAUCCUCAAGAGGUCAUGAUUUUCUUUAGUGCACAUGGGGUUCCCGUCAGUUAUGUUGAGAAUGCUGGAGAUCCAUACAAAGAUCAAAUGGAGGAGUGCAUCUACCUAAUCAUGCAAGAGCUGAAAGCCAGAGGAAUUGGGAAUGAGCAUACUCUUGCUUAUCAGAGCCGAGUUGGACCUGUACAAUGGCUGAAGCCAUACACAGAUGAAGUUCUUGUUGAGCUUGGCCAGAAGGGUAUUAAGAGUCUCCUAGCCGUUCCUGUGAGCUUUGUGAGCGAGCACAUUGAGACUCUUGAGGAGAUAGAUAUGGAGUAUAAGCACCUGGCACUUGAAUCUGGGAUCGAAAACUGGGGUCGUGUGCCUGCUCUCAAUUGCAAAUCUUCUUUCAUUUUGGAUUUGGCUGAUGCAGUGAUCGAAGCCCUUCCAUCCGCUACAGCUUUGUCGCCCCACGCAAGCUCAACAGAUGCAGAUGAUUGUGAUCCUUUCCAAUAUGCUAUCAAAUUGCUAUUUGGUUCAGUCCUCGCAAUAAUCUUGUUACUUUCACCAAAAGCAUUUCUGGCUUUUAGGAAUAAUUUCAUUUAUAGACCAUAGCCAUCUCAGAUAUCGCUAGGAUUGGGUGAAAUGUCAUAUUUUUUGGGUUAAGGGGUUUGAUUUAAUUACUUUUGGGAAAAAGAAUAGAAAUUUACCAUCAUCGAUAUAUUACCUUUUGUAUAACUUCUCUAUUUUAGGGAAAAUACUGCUGUAUUUACCACACAAUAUAUCACAUUCAUAAAAAUGGAGGAUUCAGCGUUUUAGAAAA